GCAGACGCCAUCACGCGUGCGCAGCCCCCAGGCGCAUGCUCGGAGGGUGAUCGCACAGGGGCGGGGAGGAGGCGGUUACGCCGGCAAGAUGGCGAAGGUCUCGGAGCUGUACGAUGUGACCUGGGAAGAGAUGCGUGAUAAAAUGAGGAAGUGGAGGGAAGAAAACCAUCGGAACAGCGAGCAGAUAGUGGAAGUUGGAGAAGAGUUAAUUAAUGAAUAUGCAUCUAAGCUUGGGGAUGACAUAUGGAUAAUAUAUGAACAGGUGAUGAUUGCUGCCCUGGACUGCAGUCGGGAUGACUUGGCAUUGUUUUGUCUUCAGGAGCUAAGGCGACAGUUCCCUGGGAGCCACAGGGUUAAGCGAUUAACUGGCAUGAGAUUUGAAUACAUGGAAAGGUACGAUGAUGCCCUGCAGCUAUAUGACAGAAUUUUACAAGAAGAUUCAACCAAUACAAGUUUAUGCAUACCUUUACAUGCUGAUCCAAAGCCCACUGAAGCCAAUGGAAAGUCUACCUUCGAGAACUGUCAGCACACUUUAGAAAUCCAUGUGUGCAUAUAUGCUGCUCAGAAUAAUGAAUUACUGAAAUGCUGUGUAGUCUCUCUUCUGGCAACAAGAAAGCGUAAGAUUGCCAUUCGAAAAGCCCAGGGGAAAAAUGUUGAGGCCAUCCGAGAGCUGAAUGAGUAUCUGGAACAAUUUGUUGGGGACCAAGAAGCUUGGCAUGAACUUGCAGAACUUUACAUCAAUGAGCAUGACUAUGCAAAGGCGGCCUUCUGUUUGGAGGAGCUUAUGAUGACUAAUCCACACAACCACUUAUAUUGUCAGCAAUUUGCUGAAGUUAAAUAUACCCAAGGCGGGCUUGAAAACCUUGAAUUAUCAAGAAAAUAUUUUGCACAAGCAUUGAAACUGAACAAUAGAAACAUGAGAGCUUUGUUUGGACUAUACAUGUCUGCCAGCCAUAUUGCUUCCAAUCCUAAAGCAAGUGCAAAAAUGAAAAAGGACAAUAUGAAGUAUGCCAGUUGGGCAGCUAACCAAAUCAAUAGAGCUUACCAGUUUGCAGGUCGCAGUAAGAAAGAGACUAAGUACUCUCUGAAGGCAGUGGAAGACAUGUUGGAAGCCCUGCAAAUCACUCAAUCUUAGACUGUCACAAAGAGAUCUAAUGUGAGAUUUUACAACUCCAUGUUCAACCUUUAAUGAUCUAUGACUUACGUUACUUUAAAUGCCCAAUUCCAUUGUUAAUGUGCUAUCUUAAAGGAUGUUUUUAUGAACAUUUAAAAUGUCUAUUUAUUGCUGCUGUGAAGAAGACACAAUGAAAACUCACUAAAAUGUAUAACUUAUCCCAGGAAGAUAACAUAAAGAAAUUAAAUGUAUUGCACAUCAGUCUCUUUAGAUUCUGUAUGUACAGUGACUGCUUUUUAAGCCAUAAUCUGAUGUAGAAAUAAACUUGUUAAAUGAUCAAGUACAGUUAUGUAUUGGACCUGCAGACUUAUACAUAUAGAUGAAUACUAUAUGUUAUUCAAUUAAGAUAAAAUUAUCUAUUUGAGUUAAAAUGUGGUAAAAGGUAAACGGUUACUGAGCAGUAUUCAUUAUACAAACAUGAAUCAUUACUCUACCUGAGCACAGUUUAUUCAAGAAUAAAUUUGAUAUUAAAGUUUU